ACAGAAGGAGUAUAUCGACAGGCUCCAGAAAACUCUGGAGUAGUAACACUCCAGCUUUACUCAGAUACCAUUCCUACUCCAUUUGUCAUUCUGAGGCUUCUGCUUGUCCCACACCUAGAGAUGGAGGCACUACUUGGAGUAAAACUUGGCUGUCUGUUUGCUCUGCUGGUUCUCACUCUGACUUGUGGCCUUAUUCCCAUCUACUUCAAAUGGUUCCAGAUUGAUGCAGCUACAGGUUGUCGCCGCAGGAUCCUUGGCUUCUUGGGCUGUAUUUCUGCUGGUGUUUUCCUGGGAGCAGGGCUCAUGCAUAUGACUGCUGAUGCCCUGGAAGGAAUUGAGUCAGAGAUUCACAAGGUUUUGGCACAGAACAGUACAAGAAGCAAGGGGAAUUCUUCCAAUGAGGCUCCAGAUCAUGUGGAGUACCCUUAUGGAGAGCUCAUCAUCUCCCUGGGCUUUUUCUUUGUCUUUCUUUUGGAGUCGCUGGCAUCGCAGUGCUGCCCUGGGGCUGCUGGCGGAUCCACAGUGCAGGAGGAGGAAUGGGGCAAGACUUGUGACUCUGGAUUCCACAAGCAUCCACCUGUACCCCCGCCCUCGCAGAGCCCCCUCCGAGCCCUUGUCCUCCUGCUCGCACUGUCCUUUCACUCAGUGUUUGAAGGUCUAGCUGUGGGGCUACAGACAUCAGUAGCAGCUACCAUAAAGCUCUGUGUUGCUGUCCUGUCUCAUAAGGGGCUCGUAGUGUUUGGUGUGGGGCUGAGACUGGUGAAGAUUGGUACUGGAUCACGAUGGGCCACGCUCUCUAUACUUUCAUUAGCUCUCAUGUCCCCCUUGGGCCUAUCCCUAGGACUGAGUGUUGCUACAGGAGACUCUGAAACACAACAGGGUUUAGUCCAGGCUGUACUAGAGGGAAUAGCAGCUGGCACAUUCCUGUAUGUCACCUUCCUAGAAAUUCUGCCCCGGGAGCUGGCUAGUUCUGAGGCUCCUCUGGCCAAGUGGGGCUGUGUAGCUGCUGGGUUUGCCUUCAUGGCCCUUAUUGCCUUGUGGGCUUGAGAGAUCCCUGGCUGCUCUUAUGGACAUAUCUAGAAAAUCCCCUCCUUACCCCUAGGCAUUUUUUUCACUGAGACCAAACAGCAUUUCCUGGACAUCAUCCUCAGGGCCUGGUCCCAGCUUUAUUCACAGGAGAUCCCAUGUCUCACUCAAGACUGAAAAAGGAUAUUUAUUUUAAGUUCCUAUUUAACUGGAGAGUUGGUAUAAAGACCAUUGCUCCAGAUUUGCUAGUGUGUGUAAUAAAAUGCCCAUUUUACCCUUC